AAAUUAAACCCUUCUUCUUCAAGUUGUCUUGAACUUUGAGUGAAGAAAAGAUAUGGGUAGACCUCCUUGCUGUGACAAAAUCGGUGUGAAGAAGGGACCAUGGACACCUGAAGAAGACAUCAUAUUGGUCUCUUAUAUUCAAGAACAUGGCCCUGGAAACUGGAGAUCAGUUCCUACUAAUACUGGUUUGCUUAGAUGCAGCAAGAGUUGCAGGCUGAGAUGGACUAAUUAUCUUCGUCCCGGUAUCAAACGUGGUAACUUCACUGAGCAGGAAGAGAAGAUGAUCAUCCAUCUUCAAGCUCUUCUGGGGAAUAGAUGGGCUGCUAUAGCUUCUUAUCUUCCCCAGAGAACCGAUAAUGAUAUCAAGAACUAUUGGAACACUCACUUGAAAAAGAAGCUGAAAAAGCUUCAAACGGACGGUGAUGGUGAAAAUCGAGAUGGGUUUUCCUCUCCACAAUCAGUGUCUAAAGGUCAGUGGGAGAGAAGGCUUCAAACAGAUAUCAAGACGGCUAAACAAGCCCUUGCCGAAGCUUUAUCUCUCGAUAAACCGAACUCGUUGACGGACUCCGUUGAGUUCAAGCUCUCUCAUCCUUAUUUAAGGCCAUCGUCUUCUCAAUCUCAGUCGUCUAUUUAUGCUUCAAGCGCCGAGAACAUAUCUCGGUUGCUCCAGAACUGGAUGAAAACUCCACCCAAACCGACGACGGUGAAUUCGGCCGAAACCAUGACCGAAACCAUGACCCAGAUUUCCAGUUCCAACACCGACGGACGCGCGUCGUUCAGCAACAAAGCGACACCGCCCGAAGAAUUCGAUUCGUUCAUCAGCUUCAACUCGUCUAACUCGGACAACGUCUCUCACGAAUCCGUGUCGCCGGAGAACAGCAUGUUCCAGGACGAAAGCAAGCCCGAUUUACGGAAUCAGGUUCCGCUGAGGUUGAUAGAGAAAUGGCUGUUGGACGACGGUUCGGCUCAGGCUCAGGCUCAGGCUCAUGAUGAAGAAGAAGACCUAAUCAGCAUGUCUUUAGAAGAUAGUACUGGUUUGUUUUGAAGAAAAAAAAAUAACGCAUAGAAAGUAGUAUUAAUUAGGGUUUCUUUUGUUUGUUCCUAAAUUAGGUCUUUCUUUCCCAUAGUCCAUGUAAGCAGAAAAGAUAACGCCCUCUUUUAGAAGAAGAAGAAGCAAUAAACCAAAAAGUGUAAAUUAUCUAUC